UUUUUUUUUUUUUUUUCUUUUUCAUUUUUGCAAACCAGUUGACUUCAAUACCUGCUUUGGGGAUGAACAAGUUUGUCUCUUCGGUGUUUGGUAAGAACUCCGAGCUAACGAACGAGCCGACUAUAGAUUAUAAUCAAACCAUAUACAAUACAACCAAGUAUGAAACCAAGGAUACUAGGCACGAUGAAUCAUCGAGGUAUAAUGAUUUAUUUGAAAAUAUUCCUGUAAGCACCCCUGGGAAUCUUGACAUUCCAGUGGGAACCCAAGAAUUGAAUAGGCAGUUGAAACAUUCUAUACAAGUAUUGAACAAUCAAAAUGAUUUUUUAAAAGAUUUGAAUGAUUUAGUGGAUGAGAAUGACAAAAAGGAAGAUGGUGAUGACAAAAAGGAAGACAAAAAUGAUUUUGAAGCAAAAUAUAACCAAUUGCGAAAAGAUUUCAUUGAAGAAAUAUCAAAUCAUCAUGCGUUUUAUAAAUCAUACCAAAGUUUAUUAUUGAAAUAUAAACAAUUGAAAACGAGUCAAGAUUCAAAUGUUGAUGAUAAAAUUAAUAAAAUUAAAAGUAUAACUACUGAUCCAUCAAUUAAAAAUCUCUGCGAUGAACUUUUAUUAGAUUGUAAUCAAAAAGAUUUAUUAAUAAACUCUUAUAAACUAGAAUUAGAUGCUGCUAAUUUGAAAAUUAGCCAUUUAGAAAUCAAAAAGUAA